CACCAGAAGUGAAGUGACUGGCCCAAGGUCCCACAGCGCACACGCGUCAGACCUUCUGACUCCCGGGUCUGCGCUCCUCCCACCAUACCGUUCGGUGCCCGCACGGAGGAAGCGCUGAACAGAUGCCCUAACCGGGGGGGUGGUUGUUAUUUAUUUGUUAUUAUGGGUGAAGGCGAUGAUGAUGACGAGGAGUGUGGUUACUGUGAUUGCAGAGGGAUGGAGCGGCGAGGCGCCGAGCCAACGCGCCACUUCCAGCUGCUGCUGCUGGCCGGCCGGGGCGGGCUCCGCGGCCAGAUCGGAGGGCUCCGGGAGCAGGCCCGCCGGCUGGAGCGGCUGGCCCGGCGCUCGCUGCUGGCCCAGCUGGCCGGGACGUCGCUGAGCGCGGCCGGGGCCUUGACGGCCAUCGUGGGCCUGGGCCUGGGCCUCGGGCCCGCCACGCUGGGCGCCUCCCUGGUGGCCGCCGGGCUGUGCGUGGCCACUGCCGGCGGCGCCGUGGCCCUGGCGUCAGACCUGGCUCUGCUGCGCCGUCGCCGCCGGGCCCUGAGGCACGUGCACGAGAUCGCCGCCCGCUGCCGGGACCAGCUGAGGGAGCUGCUGGGCGGACUGGUCGCCCUGGCCGGAGGGGACCCCGAUUGGCGGAGGCCCGGACGGCUCGCCCUGGACCGCACCGUCUACGUGCUCGUCCUGCUGGGCUCCCGGGGCCCGCUGGUGCCCAGGCCCGCCGAGGGGGCCGCCAACAUCAGCCAGGCAGUGCUCAGGGCCAAGGUCCAGAAGAUGGCCGACGCCCUCGAGGCCUGCGCCGGGGCCCUGGACGCCUUCGACCAGCACCUGGAGGACGGGACUCGCCGCGGGAAGUCACCCUUCGCCCACCAAGACGGACCAGCCCGACGGGGAUGGGAGGAACGCCGGGGGCCCUGGCGUCUCCUUGGGGAUGGCGCGUCGCCAAGGUGACCCCCACGCUGGGUACCACGGGGGAGACCGCGUCCUGCCGGCCACCAGAGGGACCCACGUUCCUCCCUAUUUAUAUGCGAUUCCUAUUUUUGUAUCGUUGAGGUUAUCUUUUGGGAAAAAUCGGGGAAAUGUUUUGAAUCGACACGCGGGGUGGGGGGACGGACCCCUGAGAAAUAGCAAGCUUCACUCUCCCCGCUAGAUCUUUCAGGGCGGGGAUGGCUUCUACUGGGGUACUCGCCCAAGCGCUUAGUCCGAGUCUUGUGCGGAAUAAGCGCCCCAUCGAUACGAUUGAUAGGGAAGCGGCUGUAGGAAGGCUGGAUCGAGUUGCUGGCCGGGAGUUGAGGGCCGUGGCGGAAGGUUCCCCCUCCUAAACGGGAGGAUUCAUCCCGGAAUAGGUACUGGGGUCCGGGGGGAUGCUGCAACCCAGCCCCUCGGUCGCCUAAUAAAGCAUUUCCGGCUGGAAGGCUCCACCCUGGGGCGGAGGGAGUUUGAGGAGCCAAAGGCCAGGCAGCUUCUUACGCCCCAGAAUCCCCUUUCAGGUACUCGGGACAACGGUUCAAACUCAAUCUGCAGGGAGGAUGGUGUCUCCAGACCGUAAACUCCUUAAACGAAUGAAUCAAUAAAUGAUGAUGGUAUCUGUUAAA